UACAAUGUCGCCGUAUACAGUACGCGCAAGCGCACCGUUUGACUCGCCGAACUAAAGUCAAAGUAACAGAAUACGAUAUUGUAGUACGCUAUAUACGCAUAUAUGCACGUGUGUGAGUGUAUGCGUGUUUAAAAACUACUAGGCUUUUUUCGUGCGUUCUCCGUAAAAUAUAUUGAAGCACGGCGCGCAUGUGGCUCCCGCACCGACUAAACCGCUUGUCUUCAACGAGCUAAAAAGAGACAAACUCGGAGUUUUGGUUAUGAUGAUGUAUACGCGUGAAAGAAAAAGAAGGAGAGAGACCUUCCACUAUGGACACUAUACUGGUAUAGCUUACUCGAAUAAUGCCAUGUCCAUACAAUAACAUACUGUCCCCGUGCACGAGGCCGUAUUUUUCCUCCCUUUUUUUUGCUUGCGAAAACGUCCACAUUUACGUUCGUAAGUACACCGACGUGCUCGCGACAAUGGUGUAAGCUUCGCGAUUACGUUCGGCGCAAGUUCUUCACUCCGAGGACGAAUUAUCUCAUUGUCAACGAGUGCACUAGUUAACGAAUGCACACACAAUUAUAUCGCGUCGAGGUGACGAAGGUACAAAAAAAAAGGAGAAGAAGAAAUAACAUAUCACGGUGUGUCGGUCGGUCGGUGCUGCUACUCGGUGGACGUACGAACGAUCUCUUCUCUCUCUUUACCUUGUGCAAUUUGCGAGGCGUGCGCAUACUAUACUGACAAAUGUUGUGUCUUAUAUAGGCUAGGUCUCUGCGUUAUGUAUAUGUGUAGGUGCAGCAGCAGUGUAUGCAUUUACGAGAGAGAGACGGCGAGCGAGCGAUACGUGAUUGCCUCCUCUGUAUAGACGUGCGUGCGUACGUGUGUUGAAAAUUCGACGCCUCGCAGCAGCAGCAGCAGGCAGCAAUCGUGUUAGUUGCACAGCACACGCGUUUUUUUGACAAACCGAAGAUUCUCUCUCGAUUCUCAUUCGCAUUGCGAGCGAUAGAAGUAGGGAAAAGAAGAGGAGGAAGAAGAAGAAAGACGUCGAGGAGGCGUGUGUGUGCUUUCAGUGCGAACUCGCGAGUAUCUAUAACAUUUGUUUGAAAUCUCAGCGUGACGACGACGAGCCUCGCUCUCGUCGAUCGAAAGCACGCGAAAGUGACAAAUAUAUAAGUUACAAUAAUAGAGAGAAAGAAACGUUCUGUGUGUGGUGCGUAUAUAAAAAAGUCGAACACGACAUCCCCCCGUUCGACAUUACAAUUGCGUGCGUGCGUGCGUGUUCGUGGCUUGCAUCAACAGCAGCAGCACCAGCCGUAACAGUCAAUUUUUGGUCGACGCACCUCGAGAAAUUCGCGGAUGCAAUAAGCUCGAGAUAUACGCGGAUCAUCUCUCGUGUGCACUAGAGAGACACAGCAGAGAUUUAUACGUAUAAUACCACGAAGCAGGUCAAGCAGCGGGAUAGUCGUGCACUAGAGAUCGACAGCGACGACGACGACGUCAGUGUGUAUCGCGCGCACAGUGCAGCAUAUUAUCGCGUUUAACAAUUGUUGUUCCCCGAUCGCGUCGUCAUAGUCAUCAUCGUCAUCGACAUCCUGCAAGUGAUCCGCGAGAAGUCGCACGCGAGGAUCGUCGAGAUCGCAAGCCCGGACUCGCGCGCGCGAUAGUCGCGAGUUUUUUUACAAGUAAAAAAAAAAAAAAACAUUUUGAUAAAAGACAGAGAGAAAAAAAAUUGCCAAACGGCACGCGGCACGCAUACAAUAGUCGCGCACAUAGAGAGCUGUGUGCUGAGGCCGUGUAGUUGCUCUAUACUACUAUCCUCGGUACGCUCUCGGUGCGUGCAGUGUGGAAAUGCGAAUUACGCAGCCUGCGACGACCUCGAGUAAUAUGCACAACGCUGCCGCUGUCUCGUGCCGCCUGCAACGUACGACGAGCUCGUGCCCAUGCUUCUCGUAUACGCUCUUCAAGUCGAAGCUCCGUCGUAGUAUCGUCAUAAGCAACAUUAACAGUAGCAGCAUCAAUCGCUAGUGCGCGCAUAGAGGCAUAAGCAGAGCUCUGGCUCUCUCGUUCGUUCGUAUUCGGGUGUUAUAGAGUGCUUGUGGACUACGUGACUAUAUCGCUCUCUCUCUUUCUUUCUAACUGUGCUGUGCUGUGCUCUGUUGCUGUAUAGUGUAAGUGUAUAGGCUUCGCUCCGUCUCUCUCUCUUUCUCUCUCCGCCUGGCAAGAGCCAGCCGAGCCAGCCAGCCAGCCAGCCGCAGUCAGUCAGUGUGUGCACGCGUACGUACCAUUUGAGGCCAGUGCGCCAGCGCGUCCGGACACACUAAUAAUUCGGCGUUUGUACACACAUUUGUUUAUUGCUCGCGGACUCUCUAACGAAUACGUGUGUAAAACGAUUAUUGAUAUUAGGUGUAAGGUGCGCGGCGUGAACAUUAUUGUAAUAGUGAGUGGUGUGCCGUGUGUCUAUGUGCGCGCGGUGUUGUAUAGAGUUGGUGCGUGGCUUCGUUACAUUUGACCCCCGAGCGCCUCCCACUGCAUAAGGUUAUUACGCGCACACCACGAGUAAAAAGGACGCUUCUUGGCGAAGCGCGUCUUUAUCGUCAACAGAGAGACAUUAAACAAUAUAGAAAAGCGCGUAGUACUCUCUCACGUGAACGCGGGGGGACGACAGAAAAAAAGAACGCGCAGCGGUGCGCGCGCGCGUGUAUAAUAGAAGUGAUUUUGCAGUAAAUAAUAACGUGAGAGAUCAUGGUUGCGAAGCCGAGCGCCAAGGGUCAGCGCUCGCCCGAGAGCAAGAGCAGCGGACCGACCAUGACGACGACGACCACGACCAGUGAAAAUAACAAUAACAAUCAGAGACCCAACAGGAGCGCUGCCGUGGCCGCGGCUGCCGCGAUGGCCCAGAUACAGGAGUCGGCCGCCGAUGACGUCGUUACCGGAUGGACGCCAUCGUCGGGCAAAGCUGCCAGUGCGAUGAACAGUUCCACCUCGUCGUUAUCUGGGACGACGACGACGACGACGGCGGCUACGGGCACGACGCCCGCGACAGCAGCAGCAGCAGCGGGGCCUACGCCGCGUGUUCAGGAUUUCGAGUUCAAGCCACCGCCCGAGGCACCAGUGUUCGAGCCCACCGCCGAGGAGUUCAAGGAUCCUCUGGCCUACAUCGCCAAGAUAAGGCCCAUCGCCGAGAAAGCGGGCAUUUGCAAAAUCAAGCCGCCUGCUGCUUGGAGGCCACCCUUCGCCGUGGACGUCGACAAGUUCAAAUUCGUACCGAGAAUACAGAGACUCAACGAGCUCGAGGCGAAGACUCGCAUCAAGCUCAACUUUCUUGACCAGAUAGCAAAGUUUUGGGAACUUCAGGGUUCAUCAUUGAAGAUUCCCCUGGUUGAGCGUAAGGCUCUUGAUUUGUAUUCACUUCAUCGUAUUGUCACAGAUGAAGGUGGUAUCGAAACAGUGACAAAAGAAAGACGAUGGGCUAAAAUAGCUAACAAAAUGGGCUAUCCAUCUGGAAGGAGUGUAGGCAGUAUUCUUAAAAAUCACUAUGAAAGAAUUUUAUAUCCAUUUGACGUAUUUAAACAGGGAAAAAUUUUAGCAAAUCUUAAAACUGAUCCUGACACUGAUGUUAAUGAAAAAAAUGAUAGAGAUUAUAAACCUCAUGGCAUAAUUUCUCGUCAACAAAUCAAACCUCCUCAAGAGAAGUUUUCCAGACGUUCUAAAAGAUUUUCUGGACAAGAUGACAAACAAAAUGGUUGUUCGUCUCCCAUAAAACAGGAAGACUGCAAAGAAGAAUAUGAUAUGGACUGUAAAGAUAAUGUUAUGGAUGUAGAUACUAAAGACAAUAUUCAAGUAACAGAAUCUAAAACCAAAGGCAAAAAUGGUUCAGAAUCUAAAAUAACCCUGCGAACAAGAGGCUCAAAAACAGAAAAAGAUAAUAAAGAAAACAGCAAGGAAUUGAAGAAACUACAAUGUUACGGAGCUGGUCCCAAAUACCCUGGCAUACCAAAUACCAAAGAAUCUAAGAAAGCUUCAAACAAAACAAGGGGAAUCAAGAUGACAUAUGAAUUUGAUCCUCUUGCAAAAUACAUCUGCCAUAACUGUGGUAAAGGUGAUAACGAAGAAAACAUGCUAUUGUGUGAUGGCUGUGAUGACAGCUAUCAUACUUUUUGCUUACUUCCACCGUUAUCAGAAAUACCAAAAGGUGAUUGGAGAUGUCCAAAAUGUGUGGCUGAAGAAGUUUCAAAACCUAUGGAAGCUUUUGGCUUUGAACAAGCUCAAAGAGAAUAUACAUUACAACAAUUUGGAGAAAUGGCAGAUCAAUUCAAGAGUGAUUACUUUAAUAUGCCAGUUCAUAUGGUUCCCCCAGAUUUAGUUGAGAAAGAAUUUUGGCGAAUAGUUUCCUCCAUUGAUGAAGAUGUAACUGUUGAGUAUGGGGCUGAUUUACACACAAUGGAUCAUGGCUCAGGAUUUCCAACUCAAACAAGUGUUAAUCUGUUUACUUGCGAUCAAGAAUAUGCUGAAUCAGCUUGGAACCUAAAUAAUUUACCUGUACUACCAGAGAGUGUACUUGGCCAUAUUAAUGCUGACAUAAGUGGAAUGAAAGUCCCAUGGAUGUAUGUGGGCAUGUGCUUUGCUACAUUCUGUUGGCACAAUGAAGAUCACUGGAGUUACUCAAUUAAUUAUUUACAUUGGGGUGAACCAAAAACAUGGUAUGGUGUACCCGGCACAGAAGCUGAAAAGUUUGAACACUCCAUGAAAUCAGCAGCUCCAGAACUCUUCCACAGUCAGCCAGAUCUCUUGCAUCAGUUAGUCACUAUCAUGAAUCCCAGUAUUUUAAUGAGUGAAGGUGUACCAGUAUUUAGAACUGAUCAGCACGCUGGUGAGUUUGUCGUUACUUUCCCGAGAGCCUAUCACGCAGGUUUCAAUCAGGGCUACAAUUUCGCCGAAGCCGUGAAUUUCGCUCCCGCCGACUGGAUCGAAAUCGGCCGUGAGUGCAUAGCCCACUACUCAAAUCUGCGAAGAUUCUGUGUAUUUUCUCACGACGAACUCGUGUGCAAAAUGUCACUAGAACCGGAGAAUCUGGAUAUAGGCAUCGCCACUGCUACUUAUCACGAUAUGCUUCGGAUGGUGCAAGACGAAAAGAAGCUCAGAAAGAACCUGUUGGAAUGGGGUGUAACUGAGGCACGACGUGAAUCUUUCGAGUUGUUACCCGAUGAUGAGCGACAAUGCGAGGCAUGCAAGACUACAUGCUUCCUUAGCGCGGUUACCUGCGAGUGUCAGCCAACGCAAUUAGUUUGUCUCAAGCAUUUUGCCGAUCUGUGCGAAUGUCCUCCUGACAAGCAUACAUUGAGAUAUAGAUACACAUUAGACGAACUUCCAAACAUGUUGCAAAAACUCAAGCUAAAGGCCGAAUCAUUUGAUUCAUGGGCUUCAAGGGUCAAAGAAGCUAUGGAUCCAAAAGGUGAAAAAGUAGAAUUGACAGAAUUGAAAGAGCUUCAGGAAGAGGCUAUCCACAAGAAAUUCCCCGAAAGUGAGCUUUUGACUGCUUUAACAACUGCCGUCCAAGAUGCUGAAAAAUGUGCAAGUGUGGCCAGGCAGUUGCUGAACAGUAAGCAGCGCACCAGGACUAGACAAUCUGCUGAUUCAAAAUAUAAGUUAACUGUUGAAGAACUAACACAAUUUUAUAAUGAAAUUUCUAAUCUUUCCUGCGAACUUAAAGAAGCUGAAGGAGUGAAAUUUAUUAUUGAUCAAGUUGAUCAAUUCCAAAGAGAUGCAGAGGAAUUGGAAGAACUUGAUAAUGAUUGUGAUAUAGAAAGACUAGAAAAAUGCAUAGAUUACGGUGAUGCCAUUUGCAUUGAAUUACCGCAGCUCACGCAUCUUAAACAGAAACUUCAACAAUUACAAUGGCUAGAAGAAGUUAAAGGUGUAUUCGAAGAUCCAAAAUCAAUUACAAGGCAAGAACUUGGUAAACUUAUAGAAGAUGGUAUGAACAUCCCUCCUCACAGUACUGUUGAAAGUUCUUUAGCCAAACUUCAGUCACUCAUGAUUGCCAUUGAUAAUUGGGAAGAUAAAGCCAAACUUUAUCUCCAACCAGUGGAAAGUAGACAAACGAUUGCUGCAUAUGAAGAUUUAAUACGUGAGGCUGACCGUAUUGAUGCCUUUUUACCAGAUUUAAGUAAUCUCAAAGAAAUGGUGAAUAAAGCUAAAAAUUGGUGCAAAGUUGUUGAUGAAAUACAGAGAAGAGAUCAAUUGCCUUACUAUGAUACUCUAGAUGAACUUGUUCGUAAAGGUCGAGCUAUCCCAUUGCAUUUACCAGCUUUACCCAUGCUUGAAACAUCAAUAGAUCAAGCUGAAUCAUGGAAAGAGAAAACCGCCAAAACCUUCCUCAGAAAAAGUACUCCUUAUUCACUAAUGGAGGUUCUUUCACCAAGAAUUGGUGUAGGUCUUCAUUCAGUAAAGUCCCGUAAAAAUAACAAGGGCGAAGAUGCAAUUGGAGCUGUAUAUAUUUGUGAUACCAAACUAGAUGAUUCAAAUGACUCUGCCGCUGUUGUUGGAGCAUUUAAAUUAGCAGAGCAACGCGAGAUGGAGGCAAUGAAAAAUCUACGCGAAAGGAAUGUUGAAAAAAUGAAAAUAGAAGAUGCUAAGUUUUGUGUAUGUCGCAAGCCUAAAUUUGGAAAUAUGAUAAGAUGUGAAUUAUGUAAAGAUUGGUUCCAUUCCGCAACUUGUGUUACUGUUCCCCGUGCACCCCAAGCAGGGAAUCCCUGUCCCAAAUUUUUAUGCCCUUGUUGUUUAAGAUCACGCCGACCACGUUUAGAAAAUAUUCUAGCUCUACUGGUAAUUCUACAGAAGAUUCCUGUUAGAGUCCCUGAAGGUGAAGCAUUACAAUGCCUAACAGAACGUGCCAUGAACUGGCAGGAUCGAGCUCGCAAAGCUCUAGCGGCCGAAGAUGUAGCCGCCAUUACAAAUAAAUUACAUGCUGAAAUGAAACAAGCAGAAGCAGCAGCAGCUAAACCAACUAUUGACACGAAAAAAAGUACUCAAAAUCCUGGACUAAAUUCCAGAAAACAAACAGGCAGUGGCGCACAAUCAGAUGAUAGUGUUAGCGUUCCUGAAGAUGAUGAUGAAGAUAAAAUGGAUGAAGAUGAAGAUAUGGACGACAGUGACGAAGAUGUUCUUACAAUUGAUGAAGAUGAGCCCUCCAAUUCCGGGUUUAACAGUAAUGAACAUGCGUAUUCAUCUGUAUCCAAAUUUUCUUCUAAAUCCUCUGGAGAAGAUGUGAUAACUUUGUCUAGUAAUACUUUACAACGCCUAGAAGAAUUAAUGAUGGAAGGUGAUUUGUUGGAAGUUGAACUGGAGGAAACAAAUUAUAUGUGGGCUAUCGUUCGACGAACGAAUAUAUCUAUAAAGGGCAUCCGCAGUUAUGCACCUUUAAAUCGAAGCAAUGAUGCUUUAGGAAAUAAAAAGCCACCUCAGCAAAGAGGUCGCAAAAGAAAAUCUGACGAAGUUGAAAUAUCAAAAAAAUUCGGACGUCGAAGCGUGGAGGAGAAAUCUGUAGCAAAACGCAAAGGUUCAAAAGAAACCAAAUCAGCUCCAGUUACCAUGAGGCGUGGACCACGCAAGAUUAAACGAGAAGAAGAUAAAGCACCUAAACGAAGAGUAGGUAAUAGAAAGAAAACAAAACAAGACACUUCCGAUGAAGAAGAAGACUGUGCUGCUGAUAAAUGUCUAAGGCCAAAUGGUCGAGAAGUUGAUUGGGUCCAAUGUGAUGGAGGUUGUGAUGGGUGGUUCCACAUGUAUUGUGUAGGAUUAGAUCGUACAGAAUUGGCUGAAGAUCAAGAUUACCACUGUGUUAGUUGCCGCGAUCCAGACUCGGAGAGAAUGGAAAAAGACGAUAAGUGACAAUAUCUAAAUCUUCAUCUACUAAAUUGUCCAAUCAAAGUUUCUGGCUGUUAGUUUAGGAAAUGCAUGUUGAACACGAUGUAAAUAUAUUAUAUAAAAGUCGAGACAUGCAGAGUUCGUACAAGAGAACAAUUAUACGAAAGCCGAUUUUUUAAAAGAAUUAGAUACUUUUUCGAUAAAAAUGUAUUUGAGAAUACGAGUUGAAUAUUUUCCAUUCUAAUCCAGUGAAUAAUGCAAAUUUCUUCGGUUGCGUGACUGUAAUGUUCUUGUAACAUUCGUGAAUAGUGAGGAAAAAAUGUCACGCUGUAAUCAAGUGAUUGACUAAUUUUGACUGUUUUGAGUACUGUUUUAGGAUGGAAUAUGCACAUAAAUGUAUAUAAUUUACGUAUGGUGUAAAUGAAGAGAAUGAAUGUUUAUAGGUUUAGUGUUAUUGCAGGUAUUACUUUAUUGUUGAAGUUAACAGGGUCGUCUCGUGUAUUUCAUUGAGGUAAAACAAAUCUCACGAAAAAUGAAAAAAUAUUGUAGAGAUCAACUCUCCUGUAAGAGAUCUUUUAAUUGUUGCUAACUUGAAGUAAUUAUUAUAUCUCUUGCCAAUAAAAACAAUUCACUUAUAUUAAAUGAUAUUGCUUAUUGACAAAUAAAAUUUUCUAACUACACAAAUGCAAUCGAACUGGUUUAAUAAAUUAUGAGUUGAAGUUUUGAUUAAAAAUAAUGCAAAUUUAUCAAAUUGUUGCAUUGAAUAAAUUAUGCAUAUCACAUUUGUUCAUUAAAUUAUAACUGAAAAAUUUACUUUGUUCAUUGAUGACCAAAACAUUUCAUCAGUUGUCUUUUGUUGAAAAAAUUAUUGCAUAAGUACUAUAUUUUUAACGAAAUUUGUGGUACUAAUCGAUUAAUAUUAAUACUAUACUGAGUUAUAUCUGUGAAUGCAACUAAAUUACUUGUUAAUACUUAAAAAAUGUGCAAAAUUAUAUAUGAUAUAAUGAAAAAGAAUUUUCAUUAAUUUAUUACAAUUAAGUAUGUAAAUCAAUUUAGAAAUGCGAAAUGUUUGUUUUUUUUAUUCAUAAAUUUUGAUCGAGUUUUUAUUUUUUUAGUGUAUUUGGCAAUACCUGACAUGUUUAUACUGUUGAAGUGAUAAUGAUGCUGAUGUUUUUAUGAAUGAUUUUUCAACUGGGAAAUAUUAAAAUAUCAAGUUGAAAUAAUACAAUAUCGUUAUAUUUGUCCUGAAAAAGUAAUUGAUCUCGAAGUAUUAGAAAAAAGAAUUUUGCAAACAUCCAUGGAUGGUUCUCUUCCCUGUUAACCCUUUUUCAAUUGUGUUCAACUUGAUAGACAGACAUUUGAGUACAAGAGCAACAAUGUAUAAAUGUAUGAUCAGUCAAUGAUAACGAGCAACUGUGUUUUAGCUUUAAUUGUUACCGGGUACUUUAUUGAUUCAUUAAACCUUAAUUGUUUUACAAAGUAAUAAGAUUAUCACGCCGAUGUAGAGUUUGAUAUAAAAAUUGUACGAGAAAAUAGUUUCGAUCAAAUGUAUAUAACGAACCAAUCACACUUUGGAAUAAGAGUUAAUACUUAAAUAUGCUAACCGAAAAGCGCGAGCUCGUACAUGUUCAUACAAGGUAUUAUUUAAAAGAAAAAAAGAUUAAAAAUUGUUAGAUGUUAUGGCGACCGGGCGCCGCGCGCGCGUAUGUACCGUGUGUCGUACAAGCGUGUGUGUAUGUACAUAAAGCAUGUAUAACACGGGGCCCCGUCACACAUGUCAUAAAAAUUUAGAAACUAUAUGGAAUAUUAUUAUGAAAAAAAACUUUCUAUGAAGCGGAGAAGAAAAUGGUAAUAGCAUAAAUGUGAAAGUUAAACGAAAAAUUAUUAUAAACCUAUUAUUUUUAUUAUCUUCAUAAUCUAUUAUUAUAUACUUAUAAUAUUAACGUCAUUGUACCUAUAGCUGUAUAGAGAGACAAAUUAUCAAUUAUUACGUUGAGAAAUAUUGUGAUUUUCAAAGGAAAAAUUGUAAUAUAAUAAAAAUAUUACUUAUCAUCACUCUGAAAAAAAAA